GUGUCUCCCCUCGUCCUUGGACCUCGCUGCACUCCUCGACACUCUCGGACCCACAUAACGAACUCGCCCGCUUUCUUGACGCGAUAUUUCACGACGCGACGCGUGUAUACUAGUUCUACCACCGAGCGACAUGCCGAGCUCUACGCGCUACCGUCGCCAGUCGACGCCUGGGAGCCCGCCUCUCUCGACCGCCGCGUAUUCCGUCUCGCAUGCGACGACAGUGGGACAGUCGAAGUUGAACAUCGUCACGCGCCUCGCUAUCGAGGGUCGCGCGGAGCGCGGCGCGAAUGGCGCGGCCAUUAAGAUAUACCUGAAGAUAUCUCUUCCGCUGGAGAGUGUUACCCCCGGUUCUUCGAUUCCUCUGUUUCCUGAGGAAAACCUGAAGAUUAUGGACUCGCAAGUACAUCCUCUGGACGCCAACUCUACUCCAUACAACUUCUCUUCCGUCAACUCGCCCCUGCUACACAAAGCUGCACGCGUACUCAACCUGCCGGCGCGCUCCACCCAAACUUAUGUGCCGAUAUCUGCCAGUACAACGUCGUCGGACAACUUGCCACCCUUGGACGAACGGUACACCGGGCAAAUCCUUGUGAGCUCGUAUCAUGUCUCCUACAUCCUGCCCAAGGAGUUCCCGCGUCGGGAGACCGACGCUCGGAGCAAAAGGCCAUCGAGCGUUGCUCAGUUCAUGGCCGCUAUUGAUUUAUGGGUGCCAUAUCUUACCCAACCCCCACACGCGCCCUUCCUUCUGAUUAUCCCGACACCCCGAUGCCUUUCCAAUCACGUCAGGCUGAAGAUUUUUCCUCCCAAUACGCCAAAGACGUCUUUGUCUCUUGCUUCGUUAUCUUCGGCGGACGAAGACCUCGGAAGCUGGGACAUGACGUCUGAUCCUCACGUCACCCGGAGCGCGUCCGCGCGAUUGUCGCGUUCGCACUCAUACAACAACUUCGCGGACGACGAAUCGAGUGACGCGUCGACAUCUGCAGGGUUCUCGGACGGAUGCGGCAUUCAAGGCUCGUUCCCAAGCACAGACCGCCUACGCAUUCGGUGGGCACGCCCUAUGAGGCCAGAACAGCUUCCGCAGACAGUAGACGGACGACGUAGAGUCGGUAUCAGGGAGGUCAAGGCCACGAUGAACUGCUCCGUUCUGGGAGCAAGCCGAGGUCAAGAUUACGGUUCCGUGGAGGGUCUCGUAGUGCGCGUGCAAUACGAGGUGACGUGCAAAGGCGUAUGGUUCCCUGGAGUGGCUACCCUUGUGGGUCUCGACGUGGGAUUGGAUGGCGGGGAGUGUGACAUUACGUGGGUUCCAGGCUUGGAACGCAAGUGGACUAUCAGUGGAGAUCAAGGAUUUACAGGGUAUGCUAUAGGCCCCCCGCCUACACCACCACUCUCCCGACAGUCUUCAGUAGACAACCCGUCCAUCUACGUGCUUCCCUCCUCGCCGGAUGCGCGCGGUAUGGCCAACGGACUUCCCCCCGCUCGCCACGACUCCUCGUCCUCGACAUCGUCACUGCUCAGAGCACCACUACCCGCGCAGCAUGUCGCCGACUACUCGUUUGAGAACUCGCCUGCCUCGACUCCAAUUUCCUCUCUGGCCUCGCUUCCUAUGCCUUCCAGUCCCGAAACCGACCGCAGGAGUCGAGCGUCUUCGCUCAACGGACGAUAUACCGACUUGGACACGGACUACGAGGAUGAAGACAUGGCGCGCCCACCCAAGGUUCCGAUAACCGUCCAUUUGAACAUGAACGACCUCCUGCCUCCCGCGAAGCACGAUUUCAAGUUCAGGAUAACGGGGACCGUGCUGGUCGCGCCCCGCAAGCCUGUGCUCUCACUCGGCUCGCACCGGUACAGAUCCUCACCCAACGCGUCACAGCCGCCCUCAGACAGCGAAGCGGAUCCGGACGUGCUCGUCGUUCCCCGCUUUCGUGUACUGUGCGCCGACAGAGAGCACAUCUCCUGUACCAUCCAAAACGACGUCAAUGACGCGACGCUCGACGUGUACAACUCCACUGGGGACGUCCGCAACGCGCAGACACGCAAGACGGUCCUCCAGAGAGGAGGCUCAGUCAAGUGCGGGACGGACGGCGCUCGUGUUGCGCUCCGCCCCAUCAAGCAGUCCCCAUCCCCACCGCCGCGCGGGCGUACAGAGGAUAGCAUAGACGUUUCUCGUACCGCACGCAGCCGUCCACGAACGCCGAAUGGUCUCUCGCGCUGCGACUUGUCUCCGUCGGUCCUGCGGCAGUCGCUAUUCACGUCGACGCUGCGGACGCCCAUCCGACGGGACGGCCCCCUUCUUAUCCCCUCCGUCAAGAUCACGGUCACACCAUUACCCAAAGCCGAUAUGUCAGGGCCGCCAGAAUACGCCGUACGCGUAAACCUGCCUGCCCCUACAGACACGGACAUGGAGUGGCUGGAGUUUGGGCUCGCGCUCCCCAACCUCAACUUGGCUGGCAAGGAUGCGCCCGCAGGGGAGGCGCCAAAAGUGGAGAUCGCAAGCGCGAGUAUCGAGGGUGUGUCUGUGCGCUUUGUGACGAACCCCGUCGUGAAGCCGGAGACGAACGGGGCAGUGCCGUUUGGCGAGGCGAGCGGGAAAGAAUGGAUCACCUGGGUUAAGGUUCAUCUGGGGGACGCGUGUGGUGGCAAGGUCGAGAUAAUCUACCUCGUGAGGGGCCAACAGGUGCCUGUGGUCGAGAAGCUCAAGGGGAAGGACAAGGCACUCGAGCCCAUCACAUUAAACGCCCUCCUUCCGAGCUUCUCGCUGCCCGUGGGCGCACUUGAGGUGAAUGUGCGGGUCAAGACAGGCUUUGAGAUCGCCUCAGUCCAGACGAACCUCAGCCACGAGCAGUCGGUCCCACAGGGCCACCAGCUCCUGCACUACGCCCUCGAGGAAUAUUUUUACCCGCGCCUUGUCGUCGAGCUUGCAGCAUCAGGGCACGAAGCCACGCACGCCCAUGCGCACGAAUUCGCCGCAGCGCCGCGCCCGAUCUGGAGUUGGUCGCAGAUCAUCGUCACCCUCAUCCCCAUGAUCAUCUCCGUCCUGCUUCUCCUCGACCGCCUGCAACAGCAGCAGCUAUCCCAGUCGGACAGACCGCUCUUCGCACACGGCACAGAUGCGCAGCAGCACAUGCGCGUCGCCUCGCUCACCCACUACGAACGCCUCACCGAAACGAUCACGGUCACAGCGACUGUAGCUGCGCCGUCGUCGACUGCGGCGAGAUGGUACCACCCCGAGUCAGACACGAAUCCCCCGCAGGCGGAGUCGCAUGCUGGCGCCCCAUCUGCCUCAACCGCACCGUCACGCGCGACGCGCUCUUCGAUGCCAACCCUAACGCCGACGCCCGUGGUGGCCGACUCGGACGGAGAUUCGGACGGGCUGCUGCAGUUCCUGUACGAGUGGCACUUGCACUUCGAGAUGCCGAAGCUCGAGUUCCCCCAGUUCGACCCCCUCGACACUGCGAACAAAACGCUGCACGCGGUGCUGGACUCUAUUGGUACCGUGUACCGGUUUUGCGCAAAAGUGAUGACCUACCCCAACUAAGUCCUGAUACACGAUACGUGACACUGCACGAUGCAUGAUCUACGACGC